CCAGAACACCCGUGAUUGACAGGCCGUGCCCUCAGGGAGGAAGCGCCUCCGCCAAUCAAAUCAAGGGCGGGAACCAGCCUGACCAAUGGAAACAGCGGGCGGGCUGCGCCGCUGAGGAGAUCAACCAAUCAGGAAUGCUGUGGGCGGGGCCAAUCAGGGGGCGGUUGGUUGUGCGCGUGCGCAGGCGGCUGAGGCGGGCAGUGAAGCGGCCGCGGCGGCGCCGGGUGGAGGUGGCGGCGAUGGAGCCGGGAUACGGCGGCUAUGGCACCUGGAGCACCGGGGCCACCGGCACCCAGGGUUCCUACGGCACCAACACGAGCAGCUGGCAAGGCUACGAGGGUUACGAGUUCUACCCCGCGCAGAGCUCGGCCCCCACAGGAGCCUCCUACAGCUACGGGGGAGGGGCGGCCCCGGGGGGCUCCUGGGACCCCCCCAAGGCCGAGCUGGGGCUGGGACCCGCCGAGGGCUCGGGAGGCGCCUUUGGGGCUGGAGCCGCCUUCGCAUCGGGGUCUGGAGCCGCUUUUGGAUCUGGAGCCGCCUUUGGGUCGGGAUCUGGAGCUGCCUUUGGAUCUGGAGCCGCCUUUGGAUCGGGAUCUGGAGCCGCCUUUGGGUCGGGAUCUGGAGCCGCUUUUGGGUCGGGAUCUGGAGCCGCUUUUGGGUCGGGAUCCGCCGGAUCGAGCUUUGGAUCGGGGUCUGGAGCUGCCUUCGGAUCGGGAUCCACGUUCGGAUCAGGGUCAGGAACCACUUUUGGAUCAGGAUCUGGAGCUGCUUUCGCCUCAGGAUCUGCUGGAUCCACCUUUGGAUCAGCCUCUGGAACCACCUUUGGAUCAGGAAGCAAUUUUGGGUCAGGAUCCGGAACCACUUUCGGAUCAGGAUCAGGAAGCGGUUUUGCCUCGGGAUCCACCUUUGCCUCAGGAUCUGGAGCCCCCUUUGGAUCAGGAGCCACUUUUGCCUCGGGAUCUGCUGGAUCCACCUUUGGCUCAGGGUCUGGAACCACUUUUGGAUCGGGAUCUGGGUUUGGAUCCGGCUCCACCUUCAGCCAGGGCUCCUCAGGAUCCGCCCUGGGCUCCUCUGCCUCCAACCCCGACUCCAUCAUCGCCAAAAUCAACCAACGGCUGGACCUGCUGGCCAAGGAGGGCAGCCCGGGGGAUGGCCCCUGAGCAGCACCACAGCUCCUUCCGCUUCGACUCCUUGGGCUCCUUCUCCUCACAGGA